AAAUCCAGAUCUAGAUGAGUAGAUCUAGCCUACUCUAGAUCUAGACGACAUAGGUCUAGAUAGAUCUGUCAUCUUUUCUAGAUCUAGAACAAUAGACUAUCUAGUCUAGAUUACCUAACUCAAACUGUCCUAACGUUUGUCUCUUCUGCGUCUGCUGCAUCAUCACUGCAUGACUUGACACUCUUAGACUCUUACUACUAACUAAGACUAAGAGUCUUACUCUUACACAGUUACACACUAACACAGUCACAGUGUCACUGUCAGUUGAGUGACAAGAACUUGAAGAUCAUUGAUUGAAGAUGAAUCAAGUUUAGACAAUUUACAAUUUAGAUCUAGAAUUUAGUGGCUUCCUUUCUCCAUCCCAUCCCGUUAUAUAUUCAGUUCAUGUAGUCCUUUAUUGGAAUGUGAUGACAAAAUGAGCAAGUCCAAAGAAAAUAUGUCUGUCCAGGCUGUCCUAUCUUACAUGAUCAAACAGAAUCGACCCUACAGUGUGCAAGAUGUAUUUCAGAAUAUGGGGAAAGACUAUGGGAAAACUGCUGUCACCAAAGCCAUGGAAGGGCUCGCAUCAGAGGGCAAACUAAAGGAGAAGGUUUACGGCAAACAAAAAGUCUACGUGGCUGAUCAGAGCCAGUUCCCUGAUGUGAACAACCAAGAGAUUGCGGCGAUGGAUCAGAAAAUAUCACUUUUAAAUGCACAGAUUCAAAAAAUGCAAGAAGAAAUCAACAAAAUAGAAAGUGAGCUUCACCUGUACCAGAGCAAAAUUUCAACAGAGAACGCUAGGACAGAGCUUGGGACUAUCUACCCAGAAAUUGAUCUUUUGAAAGAUAAGCUAGCCAAGCUGAAAGAAGGUCGUGUUUUGAUUUCUAAAGAAGAGAAAGACAAAGUCUUUAAAAAUAGAGAAAAAUUUGUAAAAGAGUGGAGGAAAAGAAAGAGAAUUGCUACAGAUAUUCUCAAUUCUGUUUUGGAAGGGUACCCAAAAACAAAAAAACAACUGUUUGAAGAAGUGGGCAUUGAAACAGAUGAAGAUUACAAUGCCAAACCUCCAGAAGUUUAAUACAAUUUCUUACAAGCUUAAUAAUUUUAAUUGUGUAUAUUUUUGUAUAUAAACAUAUUAUUUUGACUUAAAAACAUAUUUUGAUGUUAAUGCUUUUUUAAAAAUAUUAAAUUUGUUCCUUUUGAA